CUCCUCGACCUUCCCCUCACUACCAAUAUGGUGGCACAAACACGCACAACGGCGCAGCCUACACACAGAAAGCUCAAGUUCCACGACAAACUCGUCAGCAGGGUUCUUUCUACAGAUGCUCUGCAAAAGAAACUCAAGGUCCUCCACGCGGAACUCGCGGAGAUGGACCAAGAGCACGUGGAUGUCUCCUCCCUGUCGACAGUCCGCGAGGAGCUCAUUAAUACCUCCAUUAUUCUUCACAAGGACAGAGGAGUCAAAGCCUAUGCUGCCUGCUGUCUUGCCGACUUGCUGAGACUCUACGCCCCAGACGCACCAUAUACGCACAGCGAGCUACGCGACAUCUUCCAAUUCUUCUUUCGCCAACUUUCCACUGGCCUCAAGGGCCCGGACUCUCCAUACUACAAUGAAUACUUCCAUCUGCUUGAAUCACUCUCUACCGUCAAAAGUGUUGUGCUUGUCUGCGACCUCCCGAGCGCAGACGAUCUCAUGGUCGAGAUCUUUCGUGACUUCUUCGGUAUGGUCAGACGCGAGCUCGCGAAGAAGAUCGAACUUUUCAUGGCGGACAUCCUCAUCGCACUCAUUGAUGAAUGUCAAAGCGUGCCUGCGGAUGUGUUGGAAUCUAUAAUGGCACAAUUCAUGGACAGGAACACACGCAUGGAUCAACCCGCGUAUCGGCUGGCCAUACAAGUGUGCAAUGCAACGGCUGAUAAGCUACAACGCCACGUCUGCCAGUACUUCACAGACAUCAUAGUGUCGCAUUCGCGGGACGAGGAGUUCGAUGAGGUUCAAACUGCUCAUGAGCUGAUCAAGCAGCUGAAUAGAUCAUGUCCUUCACUGCUACAUAACGUCGUGCCACAAUUGGAGGAAGAGCUACGGGUGGAGGAGACCCAGAUCCGAAUCAUGGCUACACAGACGCUGGCGGAAAUGUUUGCGGACAAGGGUGGUACAGAGUUUGUGAAGAACUACCCAUCCACAUGGAGCGUAUGGCUGCUGCGUAAGAAUGACAAAGCUGCUUCUGUCCGGCUCGCGUUCGUCGAAGCAGCAAAAGGCGUUCUUGUCAAUUUGACGCAGCCCGAGCAGCGCGAGGCAAUCGAGGAGGCCAUGCAAAUGAAGCUCUUUGACCCUGAAGAGAGGGUGCGGGCAGCGGUGUGCAAGCUGUACUCGCAGCUGGAUUAUGAGACGGCUUUGCACCACGUCUCGGAGGAGCAGCUCCGAGCAGUCGCUGGUCGCGGUAUUGACAAAAAGGGCGCGGUUCGUAUAGAAGCGAUGAACGCAGUCGGCCAUCUGUACAGUCUCGCGUAUCCUGAAAUCGAGAACAACGACCCUGCUGCGACCAAGCAUUUCGCUUGGAUACCGCAGGAGGUCUUAUCAAUGUGCAUUUUACACCAGGAGCCAAAAGCCGUUGCAGAGCAGGUCAUUGCAGAGUACAUCUUACCACUUCCAUUGCUACCGUCUAAUUCGUCAUCGAAAGGCGAUGUCGACGAAGCAGCGUGGACAGACCGGCUCCUAUUCACUAUGAAAUUCCUGGACAACUCCGCCACCAAUGCGCUGUUAGCUCUCUCGGGGAUGAAAGGAAUGAUGCGGCCUGCUACUGACCGAUACGUCCAAGCAUGUAUCGACCACAAUGGUGGUGUCAUUGACAACGACGAGGAUGAGAUAACGCAGAAGUUGAGAGUGUCCAUUAAGCGGGUUGCAGCAACGUUCCCCGAUCCUCAGAAAGCCACUGAAGACAUGCAUACAUUCGCGAAACUGAACGAGGGAAGGCUGUACAAACUAUUGAAGACAUGUAUGGACACCCAAGUGGAUUUGAGGAGCCUUGUAAGGUCGACGAACGAAUUCAUCAGACGGCUGGAGCAAUUGACCUCCUCCAUCGUACCAACCAUGUCCACAUUCCUCCGCCGGGCGAGCCUGCGCAUCGUCAACCAAUCGUCGAUACCCACCCUUAUUAAGCGUGUGCAGAAAGGCGAUCAGUCGGGUGAGGGCUCUAGUCAGGCUGAGAUGACCGCUCAGCAUGCGCAGACCUGGAUGAACUACAUCUCGAAGCAUUGUCCCGCUUUGUACAAUUCUCAUGUCGGGGAACUAUGCAAGGCCAUUGCAGAUGAGAAGAAUGCUCGAUUGAUUGAAGUCUGUCUGCAGGCUUUUGGAGCGGUGGCAGUAUGGGACAAGAAGCUGGCUCCGAGCGAUAGGCGUAUCAUCGACCGAGUCAUGAAAUUUGCCCUCAAAAGCAAUGCUCGACACUCUAAGUUCGCUGCUCGCCUGCUCACGUGCUUACCAAAUUCGGAAGAGCUGUGUGGCCAGAUCGUGGAUUCAAUAGCAGAGGGUCUCUUGGAAGCCGACCCGGAACUCCUCGCAGCACAUGUCGCGGUGCUAGCGCAGAUCGCUCUUAGGGCACCUGAUGUAUUUGAACGGCAGAGCGAAGCCAUCAUGACAUUCCUUGUGAAGAAACUCUUGAUGAGGAAGACGAAUACUUCGGACGAAAUGGACAUUGAUGAAGAAUGGGUGGAGGACUCAGCGAUGUCGCCGCAUCUGCGGGCCAAAGUAAUGGCACUCAAAGUGUGCCGGAAUCGAUGUCUGGCCCAUGCAACUUCCGAGACCGCAGUGGACAUUGCGAAGCCAGUUCUUCUGAUGUUUACGACACUACUGCAGCACAAUGGCUCGUUCACUGCCGAAGCGUCCGAUGACCCGAAGACAAAGGCGCGCCUACGACUGCAAGCUGCAGUAUCUAUGCUACACUUAGCAAGCGUGCCGGCAUUUGCGAAGGUCAUAGCUACAAACUUUGUUCUGUUGGCUGUCACAGUCCAGGAUCCCUGCUUCGAAGUCCGCAUGACGUUCAUGGACAAGUUGAUAAUGCUCCUUACCGCGCGUAAGAUUCCUGCUCAAUACAAUGUGAUACCGUUCCUUUCGGUCCAUGAUCCAGAAGCAGACGUGAAGAACAGGGCAAAAGCAUACGUGCUAACCGCAAUGCGUAGCAUGCCCAAAGAGCUCAAAUUGCAGGAUUUCGAGCUCAGCUUCAUUCGAUUCCUGCAUCUGCUCGCUCACCAUCCCGAUUUCGCAGUAGAUGAGGCAAAUUUGCCUGAUAUCGCAAAAUAUAUUGAGUUCUAUCUUGAGCUCGUCGCGUCUCCCGAGAACGUGUCCUUACUGUACCAUGUGGCCAUGAAAGCAAAGACCGUGCGGGAUGCGCAAUCACACACGUACAGCGAGGUGCAUCGAUCUCCGGUAACCCGAUAGCUUUCGUGACUGACUCAGACCCAGAACCUGUAUGCCGCU